CAUUAGUUACAAUGGACCGACAGGCUAAAAACUGUCAAUUCUACUUCUCCACGUCACUCCAGAGGCUCUAAACAGUUGCAGACUACUGAACAGAAAGAUAAAGGUUGCAAUUUUUUAACUUUUGAGACUAUAACUGCUUGCUUUUCUUACAAAACGGCAGAAAGUGUAUCGAGCUCCAUUGGAAACAGUGCAGCAAUACCUCCACAAUGGCGGCCUGAAAAAAUUUCUAUUUACGGUAUCCCAAUGAAUAUCAUUAUAAAUUAGAAACGUCAUUCACAGGAAAGAUAGCUGCCAUUAGUGCUCAACAUCCAUGAUUCAGGAUGCAUUAGACUGGAUCAGGACUGACAUCAUUCAUGAAUCAAUCACAAACUCUUGCUUUGGCUCUGUAGUCUACCAUAAUUCAUUCUAAAACUUCGUUUUAAAUAUUAUUGUCCCUGCGUGGUUCUAAUUUCAUCACUUACCUCUGAGUUCAAUAGGAGAGAAGGAUACUCUGAAUAGCCAGGUUAGCAUACAGCUGGUUUUUUUGUAUUAAUGAUAAUGAAUCCUCCAAAUUCGGCAAAAUAAUUAAUUAAAAACCUUCAUAACUACUCUCCCUCUAAGAAUUUGUUUUUUAAAAAAUUACAAAUACAAAGCUUCAGUGCAUGAUGUGACGAAUUUUUGCAGAAAUUAUAGUAUGUGCAAAAAAGGAUAUUUUAAAGUCCAUUUGCAUUCUCACCUGAGCCCAGGAUCCAGAAAGUGAUUACAAUUCCCACCCAAUAAGGCGCAAUGCAAUAAUGUGACCCGAUAUGAGGAAACCAGGCUAAAUGUUCCAAAAUUGAAAAAUGAGAUUUAUGCUCUUCUGAACUUAAGUAAGCAGAGUUUUUCCUUCAUUUUGAUCUUUGUUUCAUGUUGUUUGACACAUCUAGUGCCAAGUUAUGAUUAUUUAUGCAAAAAGUAGCCUGCAUGAACAGAUGUAAUUGAGUUAUAGCCAAUUUUAUCCAUUUAUCUUGCAUUAUUUACAUGCUGCACAAUGGAAAGAAAGGUCUGUAAUUUACCUUUCUUAACUCUUAUGGGCAAAUUUGCAAAUAAAAGGAAAUUCUUCAUACAAUACACUUUUGACAAAAUCUCAGUUUUGAUAAAGGACCACUGUCAUAAUAAUUCCCCCAAAUAGCCUGGUUUUGUCAAAUCAGGUCACAUAUUGUGAAAAGUAUGGCUGUACUCUCUGCAUGGGUAAUACAGCUGACUCAUAGCUAAAGAGCUACUGCUACUUCUUAAGUACCACAAUACUGAGAUGUGGCAAAAGGAAGGAAAGCACUGGUGUCUUUAUUUUAAUUCACAAUAGAGCUUUUAAGUCAAAAGUUAUAGCAAGAAAAUGAGGGCUCAGGUGAACACAAAUGUACUUUAGUACUACAUCUAACACUUUUUCAAUUGUUAAACAUACAUGAUGCUACUUUACAGAGUCACUAUUGUCUAGAGUUUGUUUAUGAUUUAUCAAUUACAUGAUGAAGCUAUUGUACUGAUAAAUUAUAAACAAAGUGAGUCCUUAUAUAUAGCAUAAAUAGAGUGCAUGAUAAACUGUAGAGAACAGUGACUCUGUAUUGUACCUCACAUAGGUCAUAGUUGGAAUAAUGGAUGAUAUCAACAAUAAUUUCACACUGAGUCAAGAUGUCAAUGGGCCACUACUGGCAGCUGUGAUUGGGAUGGAGAUGCUAGCAGGACUCAUUACUAACUCAUUUGUGCUCAUACUGACUGCCUGUCACUUGAAGAACUGGAAACAACCAACAACUGUAUUUCUUUCUAACAUGCUUGCAAAUAAUCUCGUUGUUAUUCUUUUUACGAUGCCUCUGUCCAUCAUAACUACAGCUAGUGGUGAGUGGAUAUUUGGAAGUACAGUGAGCCAAAAGGAAAGUGUAUGCUACUUUGCUGCCUUUAUAUUCAUAUUUAGCAUAUUGACAGCAACUGAGAGUCUGGUCCUACUGUCAUUUGAUAGAUUCUUCUUUAUUGUGAAAGCUCUUCAUUACAAGAAAUACAUGACUGUCAAUAGAGCUUUUAUAAUUGUUGCUGUUUCAUGGCUACUUGCUGCUUUUCUGAGCAUGUUACCAUUUUUUGGAUUUGGAGCAUUUGAAUUUGCAUCCAGUUAUGGUAUGUGCGUCCCUGGGUGGACGGGCCAGGCAGGGUAUGCUAUAUUUUCUUUUAUUGUCAUAUCAAUAUUCAUUGGAAGCAUUACAGUCACAUCUUUAUGGACAAUGUGUUUCACUAGAAAAUAUCUUAAAAAUGCUGCAACAAACAUAUCCACUGCAGCAAGCCCAGGUAACCCAUAUGCAGCUCAAGAGAGGAGAGUCAUUGGAUUAUUUGGUAUGCUGAUAAUAGUACACAAAUUGUGCUAUGCACCUAUUGUUUCAUUUGGAUUGAUUGAGAUUUUCACUGAUGUUUUAACACCAGCAGCAUAUGCUGUAGCUUUUGUUGUCCUUUUACUUCUGACUGUUCUCAUUCCUUUGGUGCAAUCAUUCUUCAGGAGGGACAUAAAGGAUGCUAUUGUCAAGGGUCAUCGAACUUUGUCCAGGAGCAUAAAACGGGGAAAAACAUACCAUCAAAGUUCUUCUGCUCAAACAGUAAAACCUUCAAAUGCCACAACAUCAUCUUACACUAUUUAAAUUACCAGCUUUCACGAAUUUGCUACCUUAAUGUUAUAGCUGUAAUGUGUCUGUGAGUUGCUAGCCUUAUCAAGUAGAAAUUGCAUAUUCACUUUCGACUGUAAACAUGUUUGUUUAAAUUGUUGUCUAUUAUGAGCAAUGUUAUCAAUAGGAUUAAAACGGAAGCAUUGCUUGGUUACACAAACAAGCACCUGCAACAUCAAAUAAUGCUUUGUAUUUUUUAGAACUAAGGCUGGACUGAACAAAAAUAUCAUUUUAAUUAAGGUUUUUAGUUUAACUUAUUUUGUUAGAUUUUAUUUCAUGUUCAUAUUGAAAAUACAAUAUACUG